AGAGAGGGAGAAGAGUUGCGACUUGGGAUGCAGCAAGCUUGAUCUGGAGUGAUGAGAUGGAGCCCCGAGGUGACAGGCGGUGGAGCAUCGUGGUGACUUGGCUUUGCGCAGACGCCACACCCCAGUGUUUCCGUGCUCGGCAGGCACACUACGGCUAGGGGAGGAGAUAUUCUGCGUCUUUAUGCAUCGCGGCCUGGUCGCUGUCCGUGAGUUCUAUCAUCGAGUUAUUGAUCGUUCUUGCUGAAUCACUCACCUCCUGCAGGAAAGAGGGGCACUUUGCGGCUGUGGAGGUGAGAUUUGUUUGUUUUGCGUGUGGGUGUGCGUGAGAGAAAGGGAAGAGAUUGUUUGUAGUUGCGUGCAUUUGGAGACUGUCCAUUCUUACAGUUCUGUGCGAUUGUUUUGGUUCCAGUAGCUAUGUAGGGUUUGCCUUGAAGUUCAGCGAAGCAACUAGCAUUUGCGAAUUGAUAGCUCUUAUUUCUCGAUUUUCGUGUCGGCUUUAUGACCUUGCCAUUCUUGGGUGUGGAGCGGAUGGGGCGUUUUCUUAUUUUAUUUAGAAAUUUUGUGUAACGAUUUUGCAACCAUAUUUUGAGAACUGGGGCGUAAGGCCAUGCACAGCUUACCCCGUUGAGAGUGUAUGAGGAUAUGUGUCGUGAAGCAAGCGGGGUCUCUGAAGACCCCGAGUCAUCACAAGAGGUGCAUUUUUUUAUGGGAGUUUGGCGGAAGAGUGGUGGAGAAUAAGGAAGAUCUAGGAGUGAAGGUUGUUGAGUAAGGAUUGACUUGUUAGGUUGAUGUGAGCGGAGAAGCCAUGCUAUGUCCGGUGGAGAUAGAGAACAGGAGGAUGAGAACCUAGCUUGGAACGCAUGUAGUCGGAUAGGGUCUUCGAGUAUUACAAGGGAUUAGAUUGGGUUUAAGCGAAGCAUCAUACUCGGGCUGUACUCGGUUUUGUGUUAGAAGGAAUCGAUUCUAAUGCUGUAGAGAUUGGCUUGUAACGUUGAGGGUGGAAUGCUGGCGGUAACGAUUGUAGUGGUUUUAUUAGAGGAGUAAUGAGGUUGGGUCGAGCGAUGUCGUGUCUGUGCGCAAUCUAUUCGCAAGGGGUGUGAGUUUUUGGAGUUUUGUGUGGAUUUCUGAGGAGGUCGAUUAGGAGCAGUUUCACCAAGAGAAAAGGUGGAGGCUUGCCCGCAGGGGCUCUUCUCGCAACGGCUUGGAGAAGGGAGAGUCUGCGGGUCAGGCUGUCUUCAGUACCCUCCAUCGAGGAGACCGGUCUCGAUGCCGUUCUCUAUGGAGAGCGGCUGCAGGAGAAGCCCUCGCCGUCGGCUAUCUCUGCUCGGAACGGGAGCAUUCACGGGGAAGAGAGCUUCCACGAAGCUUUAGCGGCUGUGCACAAGGAGCGGGCGGGCAUUAAGAAGUUGAAGAGCAUCAAUGUGAGUGAGAAUAGUAAGUUAGAGCUGGAAAAGAGAAAGCCUCCGCAAGGGCAGGGGGAGAAUGGAGCACGAAGCAUUAGAUUGAGUGGGCAAGGUUCUGCAUUUGGCGGACCAAUGGACGACGCGGACAAGAAUGAAUUGUAUGAAAAUGUUGCCGAGGCUUCGGAAGAUAAUCCUUCUCCAUUACAGAAUACUGCUGCUUCAUCCCUCAAAGUGGAUACAACGGAGAAGGCGUUGCCGUCUCUGGGUGGUCGACUGGGGGUUUACAGGUCCAAUAGUGCACGGAGAGCCGCGAGCUCGCAUUUGAAGUGGGACCACUUGUCUGGGAUCGAGGAAGGUGACCUGGAAUCUGCUGCGUCGACUCCGACAGAAAAGGACGACCAUGAAGAUCCCUUCGACGGUGCGGGAUUGUUGUCAAGCGAAGGGGCGGAUGGAUCUGGCACCCCCUCUUCUUCCGGAGGCAGCAUUCGAUUGAUGCGAUCCAAUUCGGCGGCGCGUAAUAGAUGGCGACGCCUUCGGCACACAGUACAAUUUGCAGCUCAAAUGUCGCAGUCGAGGCAAGGCUCGACUGAUCUGUUGGAGGAGAAUGUCAACGAGCAACUUCACAGGGAAAGUAGUGUUACGGACAAUUCUGGGGUCACGGGAGCAGCACCUUUUGACGGAGAGAAGACUGCUGCCACUCGUCGUCCUAGAGGAAGGAAAGGCAUGGAAGGCAUGUUAGUGCGGCACGACAAAAGAUUCCUCACCAUGUUGCAAGAUUUUUACGUAGCCUGUUUAAAGAUGCCUAUGGGGCGGUUCCUUUUGGGCGUGUUUUUAGCGCCAGUAGCACUCGCGUUGUUGUUCACUCCUUUCUUUGUGAUGGACAUGGGAGGCCUUUCGUUUGAUGGCACCACAUUGGCCGAGACUGUGCCUGGAGAAGCCAAAGUUGCAGCGGCCUCUCGGCGGUUUUCUGCAUUGCUCAAUGUUUUCCUCUAUGCGUUGUCGUUGUCCACCACGUUUGGAGGAUCCCCUGUGGUUGCACUUUCACCCUAUUGUUUGCUGGUGGCGAACAUCAACACUCUUAUGGCGCAGUUUCUUUUCGUAUUUCUUAGCGGAGGAGUGUUUGCACGAAUGUCACAGCCUUCACAUCCUGUGCGUUGUUCCAAGAAGGCCAUCAUUCGUAGCGAUGACUACGUAUCAACACCCGGGGAAAAAAAGAAUAGGGUUUUUGCUGUGAGGCUGGUGUUGACUGGUCCUGCCCCAUGCGAGUUAGUGGACGCUAAAAUCUGUUUGACAUCUAGAAUUUUUGUGAAGCUGCCUUCGGGGUCCAUGUUCUGCUCAACACAGGAUCUUGAACUUGUUCGACCUGAGGUCUCGUACUUGCGAUACGGAUUGAUGGUAAGGCACAUCAUUGACAAAAAGAGUCCAAUCUAUGGUCAUACAAUGGAGACUCUGAUGAAUGGAGAUGCCUCUUUCUCUCUCACAAUCAUGGGUUUGGAACGGACUUCUAUGCAACCAAUUUUUCAUUUGGAGGAUUACUUUGUAUGUGACGGUGAUGUUGUGUGGGAUGGGGAUUAUGAAGAUUUCAUUCAUAUCAACAGGGAUGGACAGCGUGUUCUGGACCAUUCAAAGAUUGAUUCUCUAAAAGCCUUCAAGGUCGGUGGAAUUAUUUCACAGGCUAUCACUAGGAUGGAAAAUGACGUUGCUACUCGGAAGGCAAGGGAGGCGCAAGCGGAAAAAGAAGAGAAAGAGAAGCUAAAGGAAUCGGAAGCGGAGGUCGCUGCUGGUGGUCCAGUGGCUUUCGAGCCACCAAAGCAGUGGAUGAAUUCGCUUCGUAUAAGGAAGCUAUGGAAGUCGAAAUCGACUUCUUUCACACGAGCACCAGAUUGGUGAUCUUACUUAUGAUCAGGGUCGCAUGUUUUCUGAUUUGUAGCGUAGUUCUGUAUCUCGAAAUCGGUUGUGCAGUGGACCACACUACUUAUACUUUAGUUUAAAAAUUGAAAUUUAUCUGGACACCGCUGUAAUCAUUGUCUUAGACGCUGCUGUAGCUGCUUAGUGAGUUAAUUCCUGGUCCCAAGAGGUGCCACGUAAACCAACAAAUUGUUUUAGCAGUUUAUUUUAUCGGCUUACUCCUCAAUCUGGAGAUUGUAAUGCACUCAUCUUUCAGUACUUA